AUGAAGAACUCGUUGUUAUAUGCUUUAUUUUUGCCAUACGUAUGGGUUAACGGAGUACAACUGAAAGAUGUAGGGCAAGUGGCUGUGCCUCAAUGGGAUUUAUUAAUUUUUACUCAAAGUUGGCCUGCAACCGUUUGCAAAGAGUGGAAAGAACAUGAUAACACCCAUACUUGCAAUAUGCCGACUAACCAAGGUUCUUGGACAAUUCAUGGCAUCUGGCCCACUAAACUAGGCACAAUGGGUCCAGCUUUUUGUAACAGAACGUGGUUAUUUGAUCCUGAAGAAGUUAGGCCUAUUGAAAAACCACUGGAACAGUUGUGGACAAAUGUUGAGUCAGGUACUUCAACUUACGCUCUUUGGGCUCAUGAGUGGAACAAACAUGGGACAUGCGCUGCAAUACUAGAACCACUUAAUUCUCAAAUCAAAUACUUCAGUAUGGGCCUUAACUGGGUGCGUAAAUUUAUGAUGCAUGACAUUCUCAUGGAAGCAAGCAUCAUUCCGUCCAAUGAUCACGAGUAUUCAGUGCUAGAUAUACACAAUGCGGUCAAGGGCAGAUUAGGUGUAAACCCUGUUAUUGAAUGUAGGAAGGAAGACGGGAAAAGUUAUUUAGGAGAAAUACGCAUUUGUUUCUCGAAAACUCUAGAACUGCAAAAUUGUGAUGGUGUUUUGGGUUUAAAAUCAACUAAAAUUGGUAGGGAGUCUGUAUUAACUAAUUGUAAAACCACUCAGGGAGUGAUUUAUCUGCGCUACCCAAGCAACAAGAUGUAUGUUCAAUUAUACAGAUUGGUUACGUGGUUGCAAUGGUUGACAUUGUAG